AUGAUCUGUCUUUCCAAGGCCGACGAGGGUACCUUCCGGCAUCUGACAUACAAUCAGAGCCCCUCCCCCCUCGCUGCCGAGAACACCACCUGCGAGGACAUGAAUGGAAUCGCUAACUUGAGGGAGCAUGUUGCUGCCAACCAAGACGAUGACUCGGGCGGAGGCCUCUGUCAUUCGUCGGCUCCGGAUGAAAAAUGGCAACAUGGCGAACAGCCUCCCGGGCCAUGGCCGCCAUUGUCGGGUACGGGAUGGUGGUCUGCAGGAUCUAUCUCGUAUCUCAAGGCAGCAACUGGUGGUGAAGACCAGAACUGCCGUAAACAGGUAACCUCGCCUUCCUGGCUCUCGCGCCUUGUGGGUGUAAUUACCUGGCUCCUAUCUGUUCUUGUUGUUUCAUUCCUUCUGAAUGAAUGGAACUCUCGUGGAAACAAUACCUCUGCAUCGUCUACCCAGUCUACUACUAUUAACCCCGUUGGUUUGGCCCCUGUUGAUGUUAACGCGCUGUCUGCCCUUGCCUCUCGAGCCCCCAAGGAUGACUUCUCCGUCGGGUUGCUGCGAAAACGAUCCACAUGUACUGUGGGAGGCGUAUCACCGGAGUCGUACAACCUGCCGCUUCAUGUUGGCGCCCUCAUCAUCAUCUGGUUUGUCUCGAGUUUGGCCUGUUGCUUCCCUAUCUUGGCAAAGCGGUUCCCUGGCUUACGAAUUCCCCAAACUUUCUUCUUCUUGGUCCGACACUUCGGUACCGGUGUUCUGAUAGCUACAGCCUUUGUCCAUCUCUUGCCAACCGCCUUCCUCUCUCUUGGCAACCCAUGUCUCGGCGACUUCUGGACAGUCAAAUUCCCUGCCAUGCCUGGUGCCAUCUCUCUUGGAGCCAUCUUCCUUGUGACUAUCAUCGAGAUGGUCUUUCAUCCAACUCGUCGCUGUACUUCAGGUGUCGAUGAUAUAUCUGGUGGCAUCCAGCUCGAGGAAUCCGCAGAGGAAGCACGCAUUGAACAUUCGAACCCGAUACGCGACAUGGCACCACCUCGAGGCAGAACUAGCAGUAUAGGCCAUGGCCUUAAUCGUCUGCAAACAAGAGAGGAAAGCGUCGAAGAAGACGAACAAUAUAAUCCUCAGAGCGACGUUGAGACAAACCGGAAAGAUGGAUCAUCUCUCGUCAAGGUCGAGACGCUAUCUCCAGAACAGAAGUCUCGCAAGGAACGCAUGCAAUGUGUCAUGCUGGAACUGGGAAUCCUCUUCCAUAGCGUUUUCAUCGGAAUGGCUCUCAGCGUCGCUAUCGGCGAUGAUUUUGUUGUCCUUCUGAUCGCAAUCGCCUUUCACCAGACGUUUGAAGGCCUCGCCCUGGGGUCCCGUGUUGCGGCUGUGACUUGGGGUAAUAAAAAGUAUCAGCCCUGGAUGAUGGCUGCGGCAUAUGGCUUGACAACUCCCCUUGGUCAAGCCAUUGGCAUUGCGACGCACACUCUCUAUAGCCCAGACUCGGAGACUGGACUCAUUGUCACCGGUGUCAUGAAUGCUAUUUCGGCCGGCCUGCUUACCUUUGCAUCACUUGUGGAGUUGAUGUCCGAGGACUUUCUCAGUGAUGAUAGCUGGAAGAUUCUUAGAGGAAAGAAGAGGGUCUUCGCUUGCCUGCUCGUCUUCUUUGGUGCCUUUUGCAUGAGCCUUGUCGGCGCGUGGGCCUAA